AGAACAGAGCCAGCGCUGAAGCAAGGAGCAUCGUCACACAAUAACGUUAUACUAUCUCUUAAAAUGGCUUUGGGCAGCGAAAAUCACUCUGUUUUCAACGACGACGAGGAGUCAUCUUCGGCCUUUAAUGGACCCUCUGUUAUCCGGAGAAAUGCCCGGGAACGCAACCGCGUAAAGCAGGUCAACAAUGGCUUCAGCCAACUACGACAACAUAUCCCUGCGGCCGUAAUAGCCGAUUUAAGCAAUGGUCGCCGGGGAAUUGGUCCCGGCGCCAAUAAAAAACUGAGCAAAGUUAGCACACUGAAAAUGGCAGUAGAGUACAUACGGCGCUUGCAGAAAGUUCUUCAUGAAAACGACCAGCAGAAACAGAAACAGUUGCAUUUGCAGCAGCAACAUUUGCACUUUCAGCAGCAGCAACAGCAUCAACACUUAUACGCCUGGCACCAAGAGUUGCAGUUGCAAUCUCCAACUGGCAGCACAAGUUCCUGCAACAGCAUUAGCUCUUAUUGCAAGCCAGCAACAUCGACGAUUCCGGGAGCAACACCUCCUAACAAUUUUCAUACCAAGUUGGAAGCCAGUUUUGAAGACUACCGUAACAAUUCCUGCAGUUCUGGUACUGAAGAUGAGGACAUCCUCGACUAUAUAUCACUCUGGCAGGACGACCUGUAAAAAAACAGAUCAAAUCUUCAGCUAUUGCUAGUCGCACCCAACCAUAACACACAUCAAACCAUUGAUUGGCCAACAAGUAUUACCUCAGCCACAAAGUAUUUAUAUUCCCUAGAACUACCUUUUUGCCUUAUAAAUUAGUAUUUAAGGUUUUAUAUAGUUUCUAAGGAUAGUUUCUAAUGGAAGACAAUUUAUAUUUAAGUUUUUUUUUAUAGCAUACAUUGAGGACAUUAAACUGAUAUAUAUAAAAU